UAUUUCACUUAAAACGUGAUUUGUCAAUUUUUCAAACGAAAAAAAUAAUAUUUGAAUUUCAAAUUCAAAAAUAAAACAUGAAAAACCAGCUAACACAGAAAAAUACCCAAGGGACAAGAGCAGCAGCAACAUCAUCAACAAAUCAACAAAAAUUCUAAAAAUAUAUCAAUGUAUUCAUCAUCAAUUCGUAAAAAUUGACACUUGUUUUUAAGAGAUUUUGCCAAAAAUCAACAAAUUUGUUUUCGUAUAAAUUCUUAACAUGUCAUCUCUUUUAAGAAAACGCCAAGCAAAUAAUUUUGCUCGUUUUCUUAGCCGUAAUCCGCAGCUAUUGACCUGUAAUUCUUAUUUAAAUUUUUUACGUUUUUAUAAAACGCAACAUCCCCGUUAUGGUCUCAGAAAACUUUUACAAAAUGGCGUAAAACUUUGGACUAAUUUGUCUACACAAGCAAGAAAAGAAUUUAAACAAAAGAAAUCCAAAAGUUUUGAAGAUAUAAGACCACGUUUAAAAUGGAAGGCUAAGUCAUCAAGAAUGAGAAAAGUUCCUCGUAAACGUAUGCCGAGAGCUUAUAAGAAACGUUACUUAACGGCAGCAGAAAAUAUCAAAAGACAUAAACGUAAUAAACAACGUUGGCAGAGAUAUGGACGUAACAAAUUUCCGGGGAAGUUUAAUUGAUUCUGAUGUUUGUAAAUAACAAAAUUGUAUAAAAAGAUCUAAAUUUGAAGAAAAUGUUUAUAACCUGUGAAAUGCUUUACUCCUUUGAGGCCGAAUCCGAAUUUCUCCUUUCUAACAGUGGAUUUUUUUUGAUAUGGGAAAUCAAUUCAUUAAUUUUAUCUUAAACCUUGUUUAUACCUGGUUUCUCUUAACUAUACUUUUAACAAGUUUAAGUUAAACUUGCAAACAGCAACUCUAAGUGUUGCCAAUUAAACACACUUAAAUUUAAACAUUUUCAUUUUGCAAUUUAAAAAUGUAUAACUAAUAUAAUAAUUUAGCCUACUAAAUUAUGUUUUCCUAUAUUUGGUGCCAAGUAACAUAUUGAAAUAUAUAAACGAAUUGCACACCGAAUUAAUUAAAUAUUCGUACUCGUAGUUAAAAUGAAAAAAAAACUGAAAAUGUUUUCAAAAACCUAUUAAAGGUUUUGCGUGUGGCAAGUAACAGUAAUUUCAUGUAAAUUAAUACAACAACUUCCGUCAGUCCAAAGAAGAAGAAGAAGAAAUAUAAAAAUAAACAAAUAAAAUUGUUUAUAUUUUUCUUCCAUAAUAACACCCUUUCAAAUAUAUUUAAUAUUCUUAAACAGCA